CAUGUUCCCAUUAAAUAUAUAUGUAUGAAUGUAUGUAUGUAUCUAUAUAUGUAUGUAUUCGUGAAUAUAUAAACCACAGAUUGCGAAAGUACGUAAAUGUAGGUUAAAUUCGUCGAAAUUUUGCAAUGAUCGAAGCUAUUUGGUAAAUUCAGCUUGAUUCUCAAUGAGGAGCAUGAAUCCCUUGCCGGAGGCAGUUCGUAGUUCGGUGCGUUCUGGGAUUAUCCUUUUUGACCUGACGAGGGUUGUGGAGGAGCUGGUUUUUAACAGUCUUGACGCGGGUGCGACAAAGGUAUCGGUUUACGUGGGUGUUGGCACGUGUUUUGUAAAAGUGGUGGAUGAUGGAUCUGGUGUUACUCGGGAUGGAUUGGUUUUGUUGGGGGAGAGAUAUGCAACAUCGAAGUUCCACCAGUUGGCUGAUAUGGAUGCUGCCGGUGGAAGCUUUGGCUUUCGAGGAGAAGCAUUGGCUUCCAUUUCAGAUGUCUCGUUGUUGGAAAUUACAACAAAAGCUUAUGGGAGGCCGAAUGGAUAUCGCAAAGUCAUUAAGGGAUGCAAGUGUUUGUAUCUUGGAAUUGAUAAUGAUAGGAAGGACGUAGGCACCACAGUUAAUGUCCGCGAUUUAUUUUACAACCAACCAGUUAGAAGGAAAUAUAUGCAAUCCAGCCCCAAGAAGGUGUUGCACUCGGUCAAGAAAGGUGUACUUAGGAUUGCCCUUGUCCACUCACAAGUUUAUUUCAAAGUUAUCGAUAUUGAAAGUGGGGACGAGCUUCUUUGCACUCAGCCUUCUUCUCCUUUGUUGCUAUUGAAAAGUGGCUUUGGGUUAGAAGUCUCUGACUCUCUUCACAAAUUAAACAUUAGUGACGGUGUUUUAAAGCUUUCUGGCUACAUAUCUGAUCCUGUUGAUGGUUUCGAAAUUAAGGCCUUUCAAUAUGUCUAUAUUAACUCGCGGUUUGUUUGCAAAGGUCCAAUUCAUAAAUUGCUGAAUCAAUUGGCUACUAGCUUUGAGUGUUUGGAUCCAUGGAAAGUCAACAAUGGCUCCCAAAACCGAAAGAGAAGCAGGUCUCAAGCAUAUCCAGCUUAUAUUUUGAAUCUAAGUUGCCCUCGAUCUCUUUAUGAUUUAACCUUUGAACCUUCAAAGACAUAUGUUGAGUUCAAGGAUUGGGCUCCUAUACUUACAUUCACUGAGAAAGCCAUUCAACAAUUAUGGAAGGAGAAUAUUACUUUCGGGGACUCUAUUAAUCAUGUAACUGAUAUAAUAAGGAAAGAUCGAAUCUGGAAGGAAGCUGAUGACUCCUUAACAGCAGAAGAAGAUUUUCUCGAUGCAGAUUUGUCAGAAACAUCUGAAAUUGUGAAAAAGAAGCGCAGGAUAAAAAAUCAUAAAGCUUCUCUUGACAUUUUCUCUUCCCCAUCAGAUAUGCUAACCAAAGAGGUUGACCAUUUAUCUCACGCAGGAAAGGAUAGAAUUCCUUUUGUAAACUUGCACAAAAAUUCUGCUGAAGUUAAAGAGCAACAGAUUCAGGUGGGAUUUGUUUGUCAAACUGAUUAUGCUUUCCAAUCAUGGGAUGGUCUUGAGGCCAAAUGCGUACCCACAGCAACCUGUAAGUUUGACAACCAGCUGUUGGCAUCUGAUAACAACUUUUUAUCUAUGGAAGAUCAUUUUUUGGAGAACAGAGCCAAUGAUAAUGUGGACAACUGUUUAACUUCAGCAUGGGGAAUUGAGUCCCUUAAAGAUGAUCCAGAUGUGAUCAAUGAAUCAGCAGGGGUGGCAUUAUCUUGUGAUUUGAUCGGCAGGGGUAUUAAAAAACCUUUGCUGCAGGGUUGCUCCUCUAGAAGAAGCCUGCCACUUGAGAGGGCUUUGUUUGUAAAUGAUGAAGGAUUUGAAUUUCAAAGGGAUUGCUUCAGGAACGACUGGCAGCAGGCAGGUGCUCAUGAUAGGGCUAAUUUUUUUGAAGUUGAUAGUAGUAACCAGAGUUUUGAUUUCCUCACAAGGACCUUUUGGCAAGGCAAGGCAUCAUGUCCUCAAGCCUUUACGAGAGAAAUUACAAAAUGUGAAGUGCUUGCAGAUUUUGAUUUUCCAUCAAGAGAUUUUGUAAAGUCAAUCCCAUCUUAUGCAGAACAGUUCAUUGGAGAAGAUUUUAUUGAAUCUGAUUCAAUCACAGAAAUAGGAAACUUCGGCUCCAGUCAUCAAACAUCAAAUUCUGAUUGGUGUUCCCCGACCUCGGAUCCCUUAUUUCAAUCCACACAUUGGGAUGUUGAACAUUUCAAGGAUGAAAAUGCAUAUGGAGGGAGUUCCCACUCUGGUGAAAGCGCUAGUUGUAGGCAUUUUGUGGAUUAUGGAAAGAUGGACUGUAAAUCUCAUUAUGGUAUUAACAGAUAUAAAAGACAAAGGGAUUUGAUGAGGAAACAAGAAUGUGAACCAGAUCAUGUUUCUAAAGAAAGAUCAAGAAGAAGCCGUUCAGCUCCACCGUUUUACAGAGGCAAAAGGAAGUUCUUUUCUUGGAAUCAUCCUUCAAUUAUGAAAGCAGGAAAACCCAAAGCCAAAACCUUUCAUAAUACUCUUACUUAUUCAGAAGUUAAUGGGUUAAAGUGUGCCAAACAACCUUCUGAUGAUUGCCAUUUAUAUCAUAUGCCAAGUACUGUGGAGCAUUUGUUGUCAGACACUAGAUCAGAUAUGGACAAGACGAUAGGCAUUUCAGCAAACCUGAAGGCGAUUGAAGAAGGUGAAAAGUUUGAACAGUCCCAUUAUUUCAACUGUCAAGAUACUGCUCCAGUUAAAGGGGAAACUCUAGAUUCCAUGAAUUCUUGGUCCAAAUGGCGGAAUUGCUCAUCCCAGCUAACAGACAGAAAUAAAUCAUAUGAUGUUCGCGAUGACAGUAGUAUACUUGACAUCUCUUCGGGAUUCUUGCAUCUUGCUGGUGAUUUAUUAGUUCCUGAAUCUAUCAACACGAGCUGCUUGGUUGAUGCCAAAGUUCUUCAACAGGUGGAUAAGAAAUUCAUUCCAGUUGUGGGUGAUGGGACACUUGCUGUUAUUGACCAGCAUGCUGCAGAUGAAAGGAUCCGACUGGAAGAACUGCGUAAAAAGGUGUUAUCUGGAGAAGCAAAGACAAUUAAUUAUCUGGACAGUGAACAGGAGUUGAUGCUGCCAGAGAUUGCCUAUCAGUUGCUGCAAAAUUAUGCUGAAGAGAUAAAAGAUUGGGGUUGGAUCUGCAACAUUCAUGGUGAAGAUUCAAGGUCUUUCAAGAGGAAUUUGAAUCUUCUCCACAAGCGGCCAACGGUUAUCACACUUGUUGCGGUACCCAACAUUUUAGGUGUCAAUUUGUCUGAUGUAGAUCUUUUAGAAUUUCUUCAGCAGCUUGCUGAUACUGAUGGAUCAUCGACAAUACCACCAUCAGUUCUUCGAGUCCUUAAUAUGAAAGCAUGCAGAGGUGCAAUUAUGUUUGGGGACUCUUUGUUACCUUCAGAAUGCUCCCUCAUUGUUGAAGAGCUAAAGCAGACCUCACUUUGUUUCCAAUGUGCUCAUGGACGACCAACAACUAUCCCCCUUGUCAACUUGGAGGCCCUGCACAAGCAGAUAGCUAAGCUCGGACUUUUGGAUGACAAUUCUAACAAGUUGUGGCGUGGUUUACGCCGGCAUGAACUCAGUUUUCAACGUGCGACAGAGAGGUUAAGUUCUGCAAGAGGUUAGAGUCGAGAAGACACCAAAGGUGUCCCCGGAUUAUUGUGGCAGCCCUACAUGCAUGUAAUUGGCGCGUUCAUUGUAACCCAUUCUUUGUCAUCAGGCGUAUAGCUCACUUUAUACGCAUUUUAGUAUAAUCGGGACCCAGAUAUCAUGUAUAGAGGUAUUAGGGUAGGCUGAUAGCUCAUUGAUGAUCAAGUAUAUUCAUGUGUGCAUAAUAAAUCACAAUUUUUUCUUCACAUAUUAUUCUUU